GCCCGUUCUUUAGGCCCGAGACAACAGGCGCUCAGGUGGUCCUCUUCCUCAGCGCCCGCUGGCUCCUGGCCAGCCCAACCACCCAGCCGGGCAGCCAAGAAGGACCAAGGAACCAGACCACCGCAAAUGCGAAUUAUUGGCGCGUCUGGCAUACGAGUUCCGUCGAGGCCGUCCACCAAUCAUAUCGGGACGCCCCGCUGGGGUCUGUGCUCCAAAGCCUGGACCAGCCGCUCAAUCUGGCUCGGCAGCAGGCUCAAUUCCUUGCUUCGCGGCCUUUGGCGCCCCGUCGGAGGUCUCACUCAGCCCAAAGCACCACCACCCACGCUCCCACGCACUCGCACAAAGAUCAGGUCUGGGUUGUGCAGGCCGCCGGGUGUUGCCAACAUCCCCAUCUCCCACUUUGCCAUCAUUUCUUCCACUCGUUUUGGUCUUCUUCUCAACCCACGCAGUUUCCCUUCUCGACGUCGCAUUCGUUUUCUAUCCCCUGUCGACGGCUUGCGUGUUUUCAAGAUUGGAAACGCCGAGCGGACUUGCAUGCAAACGUCUCAGUGUCGCCCAGGGACCCCUUCCGCUCGUUUCGGCCCCGAUUACGAACGCCCAGAAGCCACCACCGAUUGCCAAAAUAUCACAAACAAGCAAGAACCAGAUCCGAUUUCUCGAGCAAGAACACUGCAUUCCUCGUCUUUUAGCUUGGCAACAAGAACGACGAACAAGGACAAUUUGGCGACUACGAAGGAACCCCAAUUUCACCCGGCCGCAGCAGCAGUGGGAUUACGUCGCCAAUACGAACCGACCGAGCGUUCCGGGGCCGAACGCCCAGCGCAAACGAAAUCCGAAAAAGGAGGAAGACGAGGGACGGGACUUUGAGUCGGUAGUCGCAACAGGCGUCGCUGUUUUCGGUGCAACACAUCAACUCUUUGUCUGAACCCCAACCGCGACCUUUCUGGUGACCGUUUGUGGCUGUGCCACCACCAUUUGGAUUACGGCUGGGUCGGGUUGUUUCGACCGGGUGGUUCGACAACCAUAUCAGUGACGACUGGCGUUGUUACAUAACUUCUACCGCGCGCGCAUUUUGAUCUUCGCACGAACAUUGUAGCCGCAACCGC